AUGCGCAUCGCAAUCGCAGGGUCUGGCGACAUCGCCCACUACCUGUCCGAAGAAAUUCUCGGAGCUUCCUUAGAGGUUACCGUCCUCUCCCGGCGCUCCAAGCCAGACUUCCCGAACUUGGAUCAUCCAGAUCUGACCUUCAAGGUCGUCGAUUUCACUUCUCAACCCUCCUUGGAUGCGGCAAUCUCAGAUAGUGAUGUCCUCGUUUCAACCUUGGCAGACUGGACCAUGGAACUCGCGGAUAUCCAACGCAAGCUUCUAAUCGCCUGUCAGAACUCCUUGAAGUGCAAACGUUUCAUCCCCUCUGAGUUCGGAGGCAACCUGGACUCCUUCCCUGACCUUCCAGAAUUCUAUUCGUUCAACCGCAUUCCUGUUCGCCAAGCCCUCGAACGUCAGACUGACGUGGAAUGGACCUUGUUGAACAUAGGCUGGUUAUCAGAUUAUCAAGUCCCUUCACGCAAUCGCUAUCUCAAGAACAUGGGUCCUGCAUACCCCGUUGAUUUCGAAAAAGGAGAGAUGGUGAUCCCUGGUACAGGAAACGACGAGAUGGACUUCACCACCGCGAGAGAUAUGUGCAAGGCGAUCGUGGCACUGUGUCUCACCACUGAGAAGUGGGAACCGAUCAUCUAUGCUCACGGAGAACGAACGACUUGGAAUCGUAUUCGAGACUUGCUUGCAGGGACACCGUGGGGAAAGGGCCUGAAAGUGUCGCAUGUUGCGAAGGAGGAGCUGGAGAGUGUUGCGGAGAACGGAAAUGAAGAGGAGCAGAUGAUUGCGCAAUUCAAUUUGCAGACUUUUAUUGGAACGAGCAAGUUGCCUUUUGAGAAGAUGGACAGGCAGAAAGAGAAGUAUUUCAAGGACAUCGGUUUUCGAGCGAUUGGGGAAAUCGUCAGAGAGGUGCAAGAGAAUGCAGCUGCCAUUAUCUGA